GGACUAUCAGCUGAAGUUUGCUCGGUCAUGCAGUACAUGAUUAUUUGAACCGAUACUAUCGCAUUUUUCCUGCAUUAAGUUUAUGUAGUGAUGUGAUUGUUGUGAUUUAAAGCUUAUCCGACUCACACACACUCCCUUACGACUACUUCUCCUCACAAGCAAACUGCCGGGGAAGAUUUUACCAACCUUGACCUUGCAUCGCAUCUCUCCACCUGCCAUGUCAUUUGGAACGAGCAUAGCACACACGACAUUGAUUGAUCGGGUGGAUGGUUGAGGGAUCCCCUACGAUCGAAAAAGCAAUCAAUCCUUGUGUUUAUGAGACAACAACAGCAUUGUGUCUAUACUUUGAGUAACGAGCUCUUUCGCCGGACGGAAGACGCUUGAACUCCCCACUAUACGCCAAAGCCUGCCUACCAUGGGAAGACUUAUCAAGAAUCACUGGGCGCGACUUAUUAUCCUCACAGCCUCAGCUUAUCAAAUUGGCGCGGCGAUCGAAGGAUUUAUCUGGCCGAAGGUGUUCUGGGACUUUAUGACGCUCAACCUGAACGGCGCUGUGAAUCCGGUCCCUGUUCUUCAGAUUCUCAACCUCCUCUUGGGUCUGCUCGGACUUGCAUGGGAAUGGCCGUUGAAAUAUGUCGCCGGCUCCCUCGCGCACCGCAGCAUCGAAUUCCGAUUGAUCUUCUAUCCCCUUAGCGCUCUACUCUCCAUGCUCCUCUACCAGGGAACGGACCCUGCUCUAUACUAUGUUAUUGGAAUCGGGGUGUAUUUCUGGGCCUACAGUGAGGGCGAGGUCGUUUGCCCUGUACCAUGGACCCUCCCGAAACGAAGCGAAUACAAGAGUCUGCCACCCAGACAGCCAGCAACCAGCAUGCCCCUCGUCGAAGACAGUCCUCGCGAGGACAACAACACCCAAAUACCCCCUACAACCCUCAAUCCCAACAAUGAAGCUUAUGAAGAAGAGCACGACGACGACAACGACGUCCCCGUGAACAAAAAGACCAGCUUCAACGGCCGUCUCAACCAAUACUUCCAUACCGCGAAGCCUACAUCCUCAGCGCCACCGGCACUCCCAUCCACAAAACAAACCAUUACCACUACGACAACACAACCAAACCGUACAUCCUCUCCUCUAAAACGCAAACGAACCACACCACCAACAUCAACAUCAACACGAAUAACCCGCUCCCGAUCCCGCUCCUCCACCUCAACCCCAACCAGCACCACCAGUUCCUCUCCCCGCCCACGCAAACCACCCACCACCCCAUCAUCAGCAUCAUCCUCCACCUCCCUCCUAACCGACACCAUCCCCCCGAACCUAACCCUCCUCCUCGUAGGCGUAAACCCUGGAAUCCUAACCGGCAUCACAGGCUACGCCUACGCGCACCCCAGCAACCUCUUCUGGAAACUCCUGCACUGGUCGGGAAUCACACCGAUCCGACACCCGCCCUCAGAUACAUACAAACUCCCAGAGUUAUACAACAUCGGGAACACGAAUAUCGUGGAACGUCCGACGCGGGAUGCGAGCAUGCUGAGCAAGAAGGAGAUGGAUGCGGGGGUGCCGGUGUUGGAGGCGAAGGUGAGGGAGAAGAGGCCUGAGGCGGUGUGUCUUGUCGGAAAGAGUAUUUGGGAGGCGGUUUGGAGGGUUAAGGUUGGUAGGGGGAUUAGGAAGGAGGAGUUUAGGUAUGGGUGGCAGGAUGAGGGGAUGAAUUUGGGGAGGGUGGGUGGUGAUGAUGGGGGGUGGGAGGGGGCGAGGGUUUUCGUGGCUACGACGACGAGUGGGUUGGCGGCGGGGAUGUCGGUUAUGGAGAAGAGGGAGGUUUGGGAUGAGUUGGGGAGGUGGGUUGUUGAGAGGAGGAAGGUUUGGGAGAUGGAGAAAGGUGGUGAUGGUGAUGGUGUGAAAGUAGAAUAG